AUGAAAAGAGAAAAAGGAAAAGAUGGAGAUGGCCAUGGAGAUGGAAAAGCCAAAGCUAACGAUGUAGAGAAGCAGAAGGUCCCGUUGUUCAAGCUGUUUCAGUUUGCAGACCAAUAUGACGUUGCGUUGAUGUUCGUCGGGAGCGUCUCUGCCAUCGGAAACGGGCUGUCGCAGCCGUUCAUGACUCUCAUCUUCGGCAGUCUUAUCAAUACUUUCGGAGCUACCGACCGUGCACAUAUCGUCCCCAUGAUUUCUAAGGUGGCCUUAAAGUUCGUAUACUUGGGCAUUGGCACUGGAAUUGCUGCAUUUCUACAGGUCUCAUGUUGGAUGGUAACUGGCGAAAGACAGGCCACUCGAAUUCGGAGCAUGUACUUGAAAGCAAUUGUAAGACAGGACAUUGGAUUUUUUGACACCGAAACAAACACCGGAGAGAUCAUUGGCAGAAUGUCAGGGGACACAAUACUCAUUCAAGAUGCAAUGGGAGAAAAGGUGGGGAAGUUCAUUCAACUCCUUUCGACCUUUGUUGGUGGUUUUAUAAUUGCUUUCGUCAAAGGAUGGCGUCUCACCCUGGUAUUAUUGGCAUGCAUUCCCGCUAUUGUCUUUGCUGGUGGAAUCAUGGCCAUAAUUGUUUCUAAAAUGUCAACUCGUGGUCAACAAGCUUAUGCAGAAGCUGGCACUAUAGUAGAACAGACAGUUGGAGCCAUUCGAACAGUUGCAUCUUUUACUGGAGAGAAGCAAGCGAUAGAGAGAUACAACAAGAAGCUAAAGAUUGCCUACAAUAGUACAGUUCAUCAAGGGCUAGCCACAGGGAUUGGACUGGGUACAUUCUUACUUAUUGUCUUUGGCACUUAUGGACUUGCCAUAUGGUAUGGGUCCAAAAUGAUCAUCGAAAAAGGAUACAACGGAGGUCAAGUUAUCAACGUUAUAUUUGCAAUAAUGACUGGUGGAAUGUGUCUGGGGCAGACAUCGCCGUCUUUGAAUGCAUUUGCAGCAGGAACAGCUGCUGCAUACAAAAUGUUUGAGACCAUCAACCGAACACCGAAGAUUGAUCCUUAUGAUAAUUCUGGUGUUGUAUUGGACGAUAUUAAAGGAGAGGUGGAGCUCAAAGAUGUGUAUUUUAGGUAUCCUGCUAGGCCAGAUGUGCAAAUAUUUGCUGGAUUCUCGUUGCAUGUUCCGAGUGGCACAACGGCUGCUUUGGUUGGGCAGAGUGGAAGUGGAAAAUCUACAGUCAUAGGUUUGGUAGAGAGGUUUUAUGAUCCAGAAGCUGGUGAGGUGCUUAUAGAUGGUGUCAAUUUGAAGAAGUUGCAUCUUAGAUCGAUAAGAGAGAAGAUUGGGCUUGUAAGUCAAGAGCCGAAUCUUUUCACUACAACAUUAAGGGAGAACAUAGCAUAUGGUAAGGAAAAUGCAACUCAAGAAGAGAUCAGAAGAGCAAUUGAACUCGCAAAUGCAGCAAAGUUUAUUGACAAGUUGCCUCAGGGGCUCGACACAAUGGUAGGUGAGCAUGGAACAUCGUUAUCGGGUGGACAAAAGCAAAGAAUUGCGAUUGCACGAGCAAUUUUGAAGAACCCUAGAAUUCUACUUCUAGAUGAAGCAACAAGCGCCUUAGAUGCUGAGUCUGAGCGAAUUGUUCAAGAUGCAUUGGUGAGAUUGAUGUCAGAUAGGACGACUAUAGUUGUUGCACAUCGCUUAACAACAAUCAGGAAUGCUGAUGCAAUAGCUGUGGUGCAUAAAGGAAAAAUUGUUGAAUUAGGAACUCAUGAUGAAUUAACCAGAAAUCCAAAAGGAGCUUACAGCCAGUUAAUUCGCCUGCAAGAAGGAGCUAAAGAAAAAGAUGCGGAGCCUUCUGAUCCAGAUAAUGUUAUGGAUAUAGAUAAGCCAAUGAAUAGGUCUGAAAGCAUAAGACUUUCAACAACAAGAUCUUUAAGCAAAAGUUCAUCAGGUAGUCGGCGCUCAUUCACUAUCACUAGCUUUGGUGUUCCUGCUCCAGUUAAUUGUGAAGUGCAAGUAGAAGAAGAAGAUGAGGAGAACAUUGCAAAAACUAAGGUUGAUCCGGAGCAACGCAAAAAAGUUUCUAUCAAAAGGUUGGCCUACUUGAAUAAACCAGAGCUUCCAGUUUUGCUGCUUGGAUCUAUUGCUGCAGCAGGUCAUGGAGUGAUUUUUCCCAUCUUUGGUUUACUGCUCUCAAAAGCCAUUAAGAUGUUUUAUGAACCGCAUGAUAAGCUACAAAAAGACUCCAGUGUUUGGGCUGGAGUGUAUGUUGGUAUAGGUUUGUUUGGGUUUGCAAUUAUCCCAGGGCAAAACUUCUUCUUUGGAAUUGCAGGUGGGAAAUUGAUAGAGCGAAUUCGUGCCUUGACAUUCCAGAAGGUUGUGCACCAACAAAUUAGCUGGUUUGAUGAUCCUGCAAAUUCAAGUGGUGCUAUUGGUGCAAGGCUGUCUUCUGAUGCUUCAACCGUGAAGGCCCUUGUUGGCGAUGCAUUAGCUUUGAUUGUGCAGAAUAUAGCAACAAUCAUAGCAGGGUUAACUAUAGGUUUCACAGCUAACUGGAGACUAGCGCUUAUAAUUAUAGCUGCGUCGCCGGUGUUGAUUGGACAAGGAAUACUUCAAACAAAUUACCUUAAAGGGUUUAGUGCUGAUGCCAAGCUUAUGUAUGAAGAAGCAAGUCAAGUGGCAAAUGAUGCAAUUGGUAGCAUCCGAACUGUUGCAUCAUUUGGUUCUGAAAAGAAGGUAAUGGAUGCGUAUGAGAAGAAGUGUGAAGGUCCAAUGAAACAAGGAGUACGAUUGGGAGUUGUAAGUGGUAUAGGCUUUGGAGCUUCGUUUGUAGUAAUGUUCUCCAUAAAUGCAAUGAUUUUCUAUGUGGGAGCUCGUUUAGUGAAAAGCGGGCAUGCCACUUUUGAACAAGUUUUCAAGGUUUUCUUUGCUCUAACAAUUUCAGCGGUAGGGGUCUCACAAUCUACUGGCAUGGCUCCUGACUCCAACAAAGCUAAGGACUCAGCAGCUUCAAUAUUUCAAAUUCUUGAUAGCAAGCCUAAGAUCGAUUCAAGCAGCAAUGCAGGCAUAACACUACCGAGCAUUACUGGAGAAAUUGAUGUUGAACAUGUUAGUUUCAGAUACCCCACAAGGCCAGAUGUGCAGAUAUUUAGGGACAUUUGUUUGAAAUUCCCUCCUGGAAAGACUGUUGCUUUGGUUGGAGUGAGUGGCAGUGGCAAAUCAACAAUAAUAGGCCUUAUAGAGCGAUUCUAUGAUCCCGAUACAGGUCGCAUACUAUUAGAUGGUGUUGAAAUCCACAAGUUCAAAAUAAACUGGUUGAGGCAACAAAUUGGCUUGGUUGGUCAAGAACCUAUUCUCUUUAAUGAAUCAAUUCGUACCAACAUUGCCUAUGGCAAGCAAGGAAAUGCAACCGAAGAAGAGAUCAUAGCAGCAACAACAGCAUCAAAUGCGCACAAUUUCAUAUCUUCAUUGCCUCAAGGAUAUGACACGUCUGUAGGGGAACGAGGUGUUCAAUUGUCAGGUGGACAAAAACAAAGAAUAGCCAUUGCAAGGGCUAUACUAAAGGACCCAAAAAUUCUUUUGCUUGACGAAGCUACCAGUGCACUAGACACAGAGUCAGAACGCAUAGUGCAACAUGCUUUGGACAAAGUUAUGGUGAAUAGAACAACUAUUGUUGUGGCUCACCGCCUGACCACGAUCAAAGGGGCAGAUGUAAUCGCUGUGGUGAAGAAUGGUGUGAUUGCUGAGAAGGGAAGCCAUGAUAUUCUAAUGAAGAUUACUGAUGGGGCUUAUGCAUCAUUGGUGGCACUUCAUGCUAGCGCAUCAUGA